CACUUGGACCAGCUCUGCAAGGCUGACAUAGGGUUCUGGAUGAGGGACAAACAAGAGGUAGAGAUUGUGGAUUUCCUACUUCAGGUCAAAGAAUGUCUGUCAAGGGCCACCCGGCAGUAUCCCUCAGUGUCAGCUCAGACAGUCCACACUCUCCAGUCACAGAUCAGAACUAUCAUUUCCUCUCUACCUGAGGACCUCCAGUCCUGUCUUAAAUCCUCUUUCUCUUCUCCCUCAUAAACAAAAUUGCUUUGCUAUUAACUAGAGAGUUUGAACAGAAAGGUUGAAGUUUGCAGCGGAGAUUAUCAU